UGCCAGAGAGCCUUCAGUCGCCACCUGGAACCUUCUGCCUUAUCGCUUGCGUACAGAAAACGGCCACCUAUUGUCCACCCCGCCUGGGCAAUCGUAUCUAUUUCUCCGUUGCUUUUUGACGAGCAUCGCCCCGCUUUGGAGAACCAGGUCAUCUGCACCAAAACAAGCGCCCCGAGGACACAAUAACCGCAGGGGCUCCUCGACCCGCAGCGUGUGACCACAAUUGCGUGAAGAGGCUAAUGCCCGCCGAAGUGUGGUCAGGGCCAGAGGAGGAUGAGUCCGGCCGUCGAGGCUCAGGCCCAGCGAGCCAAGGGUGCGGAGAUGCAGCAGCAGCAACGGCCGCAGUGCUACACGGAGAAAGGGGUCAUACUUGAGCCCUUCAUCCACCAGGUGGGGGGGCACUCGUGCGUCCUGCGCUUCGGCGAGCAGACCAUCUGCAAGCCGCUCAUCCCCCGCGAGCAUCAGUUCUACAAGAGCCUGCCGGCCGAGAUGAGGAGCUUCACCCCGCAGUACAAAGGUGUCGUGUCCGUGAGCUUCGAAGAGGAUGAAGAAGGGGACCUCUGCCUCAUCGCCUACCCGCUCCGCAGCGACCCGGCGGCCGACCUGGAGAACAAGGACCCCUCGGCCGACAGUGAGCCCAAGAGCAAGAUGCUCAAGUGGAGCAAAAUGACGGCAUCCUCGCCCCUGGCGGAGAACGAUAACCUCAGCAAAGACGGACGAGGUCGCCACUCCCGCAAAGAUAAGAGCGCUCACAAGCUGCUGGAGGACGUGGAGCUGGAGUGGCUGCAGCAGGCCGAGGUGCUGUACUACCGCCUGGAGCACAGCCACAGCAAUGCUGUCCCGCAGCUCAAACACAACCCGUGGAGCCUCAAGUGUCACCAGCAGCACCUUCAGAGGAUGAAGGAGAACGCCAAGCACCGGAAUCAAUACAAAUUCAUCCUGCUGGAGAACCUGACGUGGCGGCACACCGUGCCGUGUGUGCUGGACCUGAAGAUGGGCACUCGGCAGCACGGAGACGACGCCUCCGAGGAGAAGAAGGCUGUGCAGAUCCGCAAGUGCCAGCAGAGCACGUCGGCAUCGAUAGGCGUCCGACUCUGCGGCAUGCAGGUGUAUCAGUCGGACACGGGCCACCUGAUGUUCAUGAACAAGUACCACGGCCGCAAGCUCACCUCGGAGGACUUCAAGGAGGCGUUGCUGCAGUUCUUCCACAGCGGACGCCGCCUGCGACACGAGCUCCUCUCCCCGGUGCUGCGUCGCCUCAGAGACAUGCAAGCCGCGCUGGAGGCCUGCGAGUCCUACCGCUUCUACUCCAGCUCCCUGCUCAUCAUCUACGACGGGGCGCCACACCGCAAACACACACGCCGGCGCACUGAGAGCGGCCUCUCGGAGGAAGACGAGGAAGAUGAGGAGGAGGAGGAGGACGCUGAUCCAGAACUGGAGGAGGAGGAAGUAGCGGGUGCUCUUGAUUUCCCCCGCCGUCCCUCCUCAUCAGGGGAUGACAGCAGCAGUUGCUCUAGCAGCAGUUGCUCUAGCAGCAGUAGUAGUAGCAGCAGUAGUAGUAGCAGCAAUGGCGGCAGCUGCAUGUCCCAUUCAAGCCCUCGCAGCCCAGUGGUGGACGUAAGGAUGAUAGACUUUGCUCACACCACCUGCAGACAUUACUGCGAGGACAGCGUGGUCCACGAGGGCCAGGACAGCGGCUACAUCUUUGGCCUCCAGAACCUGAUCGCCAUCAUCUCCGAGCUGGAGGACCACCGCUCAGGCUAGACAGAGUUGUCCGUCACACGCACACACACACACACACACACACACACACACACAUUCUUGUAUUUCUUACCUUCUUGAGACCGCCAAAAAAUGCCUACCUCUUUAGGACCACCCUUUCUAGAUAUAUAAAGAUUUGUGUUUAUAACUUUCAUAAUACAUACAAACUAUGCAAAUAUGAAAAAGGUAAUCUUAUAUUAGCUGAAUAUUUAGUUUGUAAUUGGUUUUUAAUCUUCAUUAUUCACUUCAAGUUAUUACAGUAUGUCUCGAUAUACAUAUAUAU